CUCUUUUCGUUCUUUCCUUUUAUUUGCUAUUCUCGAUUGUAGUUAUCUUAUGCAAUAAAGGAUGAAUAUUACGCGAAUCAACCAUCUUCAACAAAGCCGCCAACUUAAUGUGCCUUUCCUUCAUACUUCAACAUCAAAACCACAAACAGAGUUAGCAUAUUCAUAUUUCAUUUGCUUAUUUAUUUCUAACUUGGUUUUCAGAUAUACAUUAACAGUAAGACAGCAGCCUGAAAAGGCGAGACUUUGCAGUUUCAAGGAUAAAGUCGACCGUCGUCCGUUGGAUCCACCACCUAUAGUUCAGUUGCACCAGACUGGCUCGAUCAACUUUAACAACUACUGGCUUAGUUCAAACUUCUUUGUCAUUGCUACAUUGAUUGACUCAGAGAAUUAUAAUGACAUUCACAUCGUAAACGGGCAUCAAACCACUGCCGGAUCCAUUGCUCAGUCACUACAUAAGCUACGAGAUACAGACAAUAGAGAGGGCGCAUUUUUUGUAUUUUCAGAUAUUAGCAUUAGAAUAGAAGGUGUAUUCAGACUUAAAUUCACACUAUUCCAAAUCAAGGGGUCAGAGGCCGAAAGGAUUUGCUACGUGAUAUCAGAUAGAUUCCAAGUCUAUUCUCCAAAAUGCUUUCCUGGAAUGUCAGGAUCUACGGAGCUCACACGGCUAUUUUCGGAACAAGGGGUUCGUCUACGGAUUAGAAAAGAAGCAAGGGCAGCGUGUACUUCGCCCAUGAAACGUCGGCGCGAGAUACAACAGAACCAAAACAUUAGGCAAAAUCUUGAGUCAAAUGAUACAUACAAGAGUACUAAGCUCAGGCGCACCUAUCAGCCAUCCAACAUUCUCUCACGUCAAGAGAGUUAUUCUGACACAUCACCUAGUGAACAAAAAUGUACAAACGUUAUGUCUAUGCAAAACCUUCUCAUUACCAAUUCAGAAAGAUCCGUAAAUAGAGCAUCUAUCUCCAGUACUUCAUCAUCUACUGCAUCCUACAAGAAUAAUCUACUCCAUCAGCGUAUUUUGCCUCCACCACUCCCUACCGCCUCAUAUGCCUAUGGAUUCUUUUCUACAAAUGUUGCUCAGGACAUUACAACCUAUCCACAACCUAUUAAACAACAUCAGCAGAUACCAUCAACAGCAAUAUACUCAUUGCAUUCACAGUUUUAUCCAGAAGAAGACAACUGAGAUACAUCACCCAUCAUUUUCAUUAUAAACACUAUACAUCAAUGAACACAAGAUGCUCUUGAGGAGGAUAAUAGCAAUUUUACAAAUACUAUGAAUCAAAUAUAUGGAAAUAACAGGCAUCUUGG